AUGGAUCCAAGAAAUCAUUAUACGGAGUCCUCUAGCUACUUCCCUUUCAAUUCCAAUGUUCACUUAGGAGAAUCCGAGAACCCUCCUUUCAGUUCUCACCAAUCUGAAGACACACCGGUAGGCACACCAUUAGGCACACCAGUAGGCACACCCGUGGACCGUGUUGCUCGACGCAAAUGGACCCCGGCUGAUGACGAGGUCCUAAUCAGUGCGUGGCUCAACACUUCCAAGGAUGCCGUAGUUGGAAAUCAGCAGAAGUCACUCACCUUCUGGCAACGUGUUGCUGACUAUUACACAGCAAGUCCUCACGGAGCAGAGGAAGUUGAAAAGAGAGAGCAUCUUCAUUGUAAGAAGAGGUGGGCUAGGAUAAACGAUCAAGUUAACAAGUUCUGCGGCGCUUAUGCCACUGCAGAGAGGCAAAUUAGCAGUGGUGAGAGUGACACUGAUGUUCUCAAGAGGGCUCACGACAUCUUCUACGCUGAUCAGAGAACCAAGUUCAACCUCGAGUAUGCGUGGUGUGUGUUGAGGUAUGAGCAGAAAUGGCUCAGCCUCAACACUCCAAAAGCGAGCUCAAAGAGGAAAAAUGGUGAAACCCCACCUGAAACGCCACCCACCGAGAAUGCUGAUCAUGAGACCCGGCCUGAAGGUAUCAAGGCUGCUAAAUCGAAAAGGAACACUGGUCAAGGGAAGUCUGUUGCUGAGUACACCACCCUAUGGGAAAUGAAGAAGGCGGAUUUAGCCAUGAAGGAGAGACUGACUAAGUUGGCUAUACUGGAUACUCUCCUCCAAAAGUCGGAGCCCUUAACUGAGGCAGAAGAAGUCGUGAAGAAUAAGCUCUUAGCUGCGUACUUCUGA